GCGACAAGUGCUAAACCGUUGUAGAAAUGGAUCAUCAUCAUCACCACCAUCACAGCACUCCCCUGCACUGGGGCUACUCGACAGUCAGUGGAGGCGGAGGUGGGGGCGUCAGUGGCGGCGUCGUGCCGGUUGCCAGCUCCACCCCCAACAGUCAGCACAACACGUGGACACCGCCGUCCUCCAAGGGAACGAAACGGACGCUGUCGGAGUCGUUGUCCGACGAUGACCUGUACUCGGAGGAGUCGUCCAAGGAACACACCUCACCUGGCGAAUCGGACAGCUGUCAACUGCUGAGUCGGAAGCGACGUCGCGGAGUCAUCGAAAAGAAGCGCCGAGAUCGGAUCAACUCGUCGCUGUCGGAACUGAAACGGCUGGUCCCAAGUGCCUACGAAAAGCAGGGUUCGGCCAAGCUGGAAAAGGCCGAAAUCCUACAGCUGACCGUCGAUCACCUGAAGCAACUGCACUCACGAGGAUUAGACGAAGCCAGCUAUGAUCCACAACGUUUCGCAAUGGACUACCACAUCAUCGGGUUCCGGGAGUGCGUUGCCGAGGUUGCCCGUUAUCUAGUCUCCAUUGAAGGGAUGGACGUUCAGGAUCCCCUCCGAUUGCGUCUGAUGUCCCACCUACAGUGUUUCCUCACGCAACGGGAACUAUCGUCCAAAGCGAACGCUAGUCCAGCCUGGUCCCACAGUAGUUCGUACCAACCGGCUUACCCACCACACUCGUCGACUUACUACCACCAGAACUACGCACCGCAGAGUGCGUCUUCGUCUGCACCGUACAUUCCACAGGUUGCCACCAUCCCGACACACGACCAGACGAAUCUGUCGCAUGCAACGGCACUGCAAACGGCCCAUCAGGUGCCACCGCACACGCUCCAUCCGUCAGCCUAUGCAACAAGUGCCACAGGCAGUGCACACGAUCUGUACACGAGUCAGCACGAUGCCAGCUCCGCUAACCAUCAACAGCAAUCACAACAGUCGCAACAGCAGCAAUCCCAAUCGGCGGAGCAAAAUAAUCCUACCUACACCGACAUCUCCAAUCUGCAUCCCAACCGUGGUGGCUAUGGCAACAACGCCGCCGGUUACGCCGUUAGCACCUCCACCCACGGGUACACCUCCACUUCCAACAACUACAACAGCAACUCCUCCAAACCGUACCGCCCAUGGGGUGCCGAGAUGGCUUGCUAGAUUAACCCGUACACCAACCAACCAAAAAAUUUCCCAUACCGGGAAUCGAACCCGGGCCUUCUGGGUGAAAGCCAGAUAUCCUAGCCACUAGACCAUAUGGGAUGGGAU